GAAAGAGCAGUGCAACGUAGAGUUGCGCAAAGUUGUCAAGAGUGCGAUAGCUGGCUGGUGCAGCGCUGCGUGUUGGUGGAGAUGCCCGCGCUAGACGAGGGCGGUGCGCCACACUAUAUGCGUAUGCUCUGGCAAGUCAAAGGCCUUGACGCAUGGAUUGAACUGAAUCCAGCCAACAUCACUUAUUGCCUGAGAGCAUUGAGGGAAUCACCACCAGAAGAAGCCAAAGAGAAGAAGCCAAAAGCAUCGCCCAAGCGCAGGCGCAAGUUGAAGCGGCGUCUGUCUGAUGCACCUGCAGGGCAUCCAGACGCAGAGGAGCCAAACGCAGGCCGUGAAGGAGAUCCUGCGGGCCUGCAGAUGGGCUUGGAGCUUGGAGAUGACAAGCAGACUCGGUAUGAAACCGUGAAGCUUGCGCCACAGG